AACAGGAAAUGAUGCUCAGAAGCUCAUCAACACCAAUUCUUGGUUCCUUGCUACCAUCAAUCUCAUCGGAAAGCCCCAACCACCACCACCACCACCACCAUGACACCACCCUCAAACCCUCACCAAUCCACAAAUUCUCACCUGGAUCUCAACAUUUCACCACCCUUUCCUGCACUUCCUCUCCUAUCUCUCCUUCCGUCGGCCAUGGCAGAAUCCGGCGAGCGCAAUCCGAGGGGAACUUGGAACACUUGAUAAGCUCUGGUGGCGGCAAUGGCGGCAGCGGUGGUGGUGAUCAAUUCAGUUACUGUAACCCAAACAAGAAAACUUCAAGCAGACUUCACAGCUAUCCAUUGGAGACAAUCCCAUCUUUCUCUUACCAGAAUUCAAAUUUUAAAUCCGACGAUGAUGAAUCCGGUGACGACGGGUUUGGCGAUUUUAACGUAGAGAACACGGUUCGGGGAUUGAAUAAGCAACUGGGAUUUGGGAAUUUGGUGAUAAAAGAUGAGAUAGAAGAGAGUGGUUCACAAAUGUAUCUUGCAAAAGGGAUAGGGGUUGAUGCAGGCUUUGGAUGUGCAGAUGGCGAUGUUGUAGGCGGCGGCGGCGGUGGUGGUCGGAAUCUUUCAUCGGUAGGUCGUGGCGGCGACAGUGGUGGUGACAACCAUGACGUGGAGGAGCAUUACAGGAAGAUGGUGAAUGAGAAUCCUGGAGAUCCUCUAUUGCUAAGGAAUUAUGCACAGUUUCUAUACCAGUCAAAGCAAGAUCUUCAAGGAGCAGAGGAAUACUACUCGAGGGCGAUUCUGGUAGAUCCGAACGAUGGUGAAAUCCUUUCACAAUACGCGAAACUACUAUGGGAGGUUCAUCACGAUAAAGACCGUGCAACGAGCUACUUCAAAAGAGCGGUUCACGUAGCUUCUGAAGACAGCCAUGUUCAUGCAGCAUAUGCUAGUUUCCUAUGGGAAAUCGAAGGGGAGGAAGACGACGACGAUGAAGACGAAGAGGGGUAUUUUAGUAAUAUCCCACCACUAUUCAGCAAUGGAACAAUGGCUUCUGCAACUGCUUAAUUAAAAAGAUCGCAGUGAUAAUAUCAAAGCAUCUGGGCAGCAUUGUGCCAGAAUUUAGGGUUAGUAAUAAUACAUGUAGAGCAAUGGCAAAUUGUAUCUUAAUCUUAUUUAAUUAGUCAAAUAAAAAUCAAAAUAUGCAGAAAAUUGGCAACAAAAUUUACAAAUUAAAUGUUGGGCAUGUUUGUCCGCAGUUUAAUGAGGUUCACAACUUAUUGAGUGGGU